CAGCGGCUUAUAACGUGCGAGGCUGUACUCACUCCCUUUACUAUCGGCUCCUCUCUCUCCCUCUCUCUCUGUCUCACUCCUUAUGUCUCUCUCUCCGGUUGCGCAAUGUCUCCAUGAGGAAACCGUAAAGUGUUAAAUGUUUGAAAUACAAAACCGCCGAAUUUCACAUGCUGAAAAAGGACUCCGCUACUCGUGUGCGCGGCACUGGUGUGUCUGUGCAAUAGACUCUGCAAAGAAAAAACUACUCUGACGCGCCUGCAAGUCCGCGGCUGCAAAAGAAGGGACGCUGAAAAAGAAAAGACUCGGUUUUUUCCAGUUUCGAGACAAACGCUUUUUUUUGAAAAAAAGAAUCAAACUGGCUCACGUCCUUCCCAACCAACCCAGUUUGACAGCUGCGCUUCACCCCGUUUGGAGGACUGUCAGCAGCAAGAGGAUGGCAUCAGAGCUGGCAAUGAGCAACUCCGACCUGCCCACCAGUCCCCUGGCCAUGGAAUAUGUUAAUGACUUCGAUCUGAUGAAGUUUGAAGUGAAAAAGGAGCCGGUGGAGCCCGAUCGCAACAUCAGCCAGUGCAGUCGCCUUAUCGCCGGGGGAUCCUUGUCUUCCACCCCGAUGAGCACGCCGUGCAGCUCGGUGCCCCCUUCCCCAAGCUUCUCGGCACCCAGUCCGGGCUCGGGGAGCGAGCAGAAGACACACAUAGAGGAUUUCUACUGGAUGUCCGGUUAUCAACAGCAGUUGAAUCCAGAGGCGCUGGGCUUCAGCCCCGAAGACGCAGUCGAGGCGCUGAUCAACAGCAGCCACCAGCUCCAGUCCUUCGAUGGCUACGCCAGGGGCCAGCAGUUUGCUGGCGCAGCCGGAGCAGGAGGCACCAUGGCCGGGGAAGAGAUGGGGUCCGCGGCGGCCGUGGUAUCGGCAGUCAUCGCUGCGGCAGCCGCUCAGAACGGAGGGCAGCACCACCACCACCACCAUCACCACCACAGCAGCGGCCACCACCAGGCGCCCGGCGGCCAGUCCAACGGCACUUCUGGGACAAUUCACCCACACAUGCGCUUGGAUGAUCGGUUUUCGGACGAGCAGCUGGUCACCAUGUCAGUGCGGGAGCUCAACCGGCAGCUACGGGGGGUCAGCAAGGAAGAAGUGAUCCGAUUGAAACAGAAGAGGAGGACCCUAAAGAACAGAGGCUACGCGCAGUCCUGCCGGUACAAGCGGGUCCAGCAGCGGCACGUCCUGGAGGGAGAGAAGACGCAACUCAUACAGCAGGUCGACCAUCUAAAGCAGGAGAUCUCCAGGCUGGUCCGGGAGAGGGACGCGUACAAAGAAAAGUAUGAGAAGCUCAUCAGCAACGGCUUCAGAGAAAAUGGAUCCAGCAGCGACAACAACCCCUCAUCCCCGGAGUUUUUCAUGUGAGUCUCGACAUUAUCGUGAAAAAAGAAAGAAAGAAAGAAUAUCAGAUGAGUUACUCACCUCCGCUUACAAAAAGUUUUCAUUAUGAAACUUUUUUUUUUUUUCAUUUGGCUCAAAUGCCUCCUAGACCAAGAACUAAUUUGUCCACCUUUUUUGAUUUUUUUGUUUUCAUUUUCAUUUUGUACAUUCUUUCUGAAAACGAGAGUUUGCUCAAGUCUGCGACUGUUUUGUAGAUCUGGAGGAGCUUUUUGUCAUCCGCGUUCUUCAUUUCGCAGAGAGGCAUGAAACCAACUUUCAUCCACUUUUUUUUUUUCUUUUUGCUAUCACACUCAAGUUUAUCCUGCAUAAGCCUGUCUGUCGAGAUUUUUUCAUCGUUGCUCAUUAGAUUUGCGGUGUUUGAGUAAAAUAUGAUUUUUUAUUUUUUAAUUUUUGGAGAGUUGAUCCAACUUCAUGCCGCAGUGUGCGAAGUGUGCAUGCCAGCACUGAGCAGAGGCCUCUGAAGUUCAUCAACCUGCCCUGUUAUAUUUUUCAUUUUACUUGUUUUAACUCAGUGUACAGAUUCCUGUCAAACCUGCAUCCAUCGACAAUAUGUUUUUGGUCUUUAUUUUUUACUUUUACUUUUUUUUUUUUUUUUGUCUGUCAAACUUGGAGGAUUUGCGAGCCUGCCCGUUUGACGCCACCUCAUCUCAUUUUGCUUGUUAUUGUUAUUGAGCAACAAGAAAAGAAAGAAAAAAAGACUAUAUUCACGACAAACUAUUCAUUGUUUUUUUUUUCUUUUUUUUUCUUUUUUAAAGAGAUGUGUUAUUAAACUGCCCUGCAUGCUGGACAUGUAUGGUUUCUUCCCCCCCCCCCCUUUCUGUGCUUGAAGAUGGUCCUUUUUUGUCGGAUGACUCCAGCAUGGCAUUCUCCAUACUUCAUUUUAUGGCCUCCUCACUUUUUUGUUUUAAUUUUUAAUUUUUUUAUUUUUUAUUUUCGGACAACAACAAAAAAAAGUGACAGGACUUCCUUCCCACUCUUCCAACCAUACCCCCCUCCUCCACCUCCUCCUCCUCCUCCACCCAUUGUAAUCUAUACAAGUGCAUUUCAGCUGCGUUGAAGUGCACCACCACCAUCGGCUUGUCAUUAGACUGCAGUGAGUGAGUGCGCUAUGCAUUCCUGAUGGAAGUUGAUCGGCGGGGAUCCUGUGGUGCGAGAGAGAGGGAGAGCGAGAGGAGGGGGGGAGAGAGAUUGAAGGGGAGGAGGGUGUGUUGUGUGAAAGAAAAAAAAAAGACUUCAAUAUUAAGGAAACCAAACCUUCUCCGGAAGUUUAUCCAUGUUGUUUUAAAAAGCCUAUAACUGUUAUUUAAAGAUAUUUCACUCUGCAUUUGACAAAAUCCUUCUUUUUUUAUUUAAGUACAAAGUUGUUGUUUUUUUAUAAUGCAAAGUUGCAUCGUGCUACAGGUUGAAGCAUACAGAUGAGACUGCUGCAGGAAAGAAAAUAUCUUUUUAACAUUGUGUUUAGAGAAAUUGGCUCGGCUCCAGUUCUUACAAUGAGCAGUAUUGUGCAGUGCAUAAACAGCGCUUUUUUUUCUCUCCUUUUCUUUUGCAGCAUGUGCUUCAAAAACACAAGUGUGAGACACACACGUCAUUAUUGUUAUUCCCCCCUCCAAAAAAAGUAUCGUUGGAGGUGAUCAUACUCAAAUUGCCAUGCUCUUCGUGGGGGGGGCGGGGGGUAAAAAAAAAAUAAAAAUGUGGUUUUGGACUGAAAUGCACUAAAAGACAUAAAAUGAAGAAGAAAGAAAAAAGAUUCUCGCCUGUAAUAAAAUGUGGAAGUUAAAGGAAAAGUUGGUUUUCAUGCUCCGCAGCUCAAGAGAAAGGUAAAGUUUGACUCUCUGUUUAGACCUCGUGACGUUUUCUGAGGAGAGGCUGUUGUGUUGUCUCACACGAACUCGAUAUUUUUGCAAAGCAAUAACAAUUAUUAUUAUAAUCGAUGAUGUCUGGACAUUGUUAGAUCGUCAGGGAUUGACACCCUGCAUGUACAAAAAGAAAAAAAGGAAAAAAAAAACACAAGGGGAGAGAGACCCAUUCGCCAAUAAAACCUUGAGAGUAUGUUAAUUAAGCUUUCAUCUUAUAUAUAUAGUAUAUAUAUAUUUUGCUGUGCAAAAUUAUUUCACUCACUAACCAUAUGUGAUGUUCAUAUGUGCUCGUUUUUUUGUUUUUGUUUUUUCAUUUCAUACGAUUAAAUGAUAUGCAAUAAAUGUAUGUAAAUGUCUUCAA